AUGGCCGACUACACUCCCAUUCCAGAGAUUUUAAACAUCCAUAACGAGCUUCGAAAGACAUUUCGUUCAGGGAAAACCAAGCCUCUCGAAUGGCGUCGUCACCAGUUGCGACAACUGGCUCGAUUUGCGAAAGAGAAUGCGGAUGCGCUUGCCGAAUGUCUUCGCUUAGAUUUGGGACGACCGAAACAAGAGGCCAUCAUGGCAGAAGUGGCGCCUAUUGUCAAUCGGCCUCUAGCUGCUGCAGAGAAAUUGGAGGAGUGGAUGGGUCCAGAAGCUGUCACACUGACUGCACCAUGGAAUAAAACUUUCAAGACGAGAGUCGAGAGGCCGCCCAAGGGCGUUGUGUUAAUCAUCUCGCCCUGGAAUUACCCUAUUGUUUUGACCCUCCAGCCAUUGUAUGGUGCCAUCGCAGCGGGGUGCUGUGCCGCUCUCAAGACAUCAGAGUUCACCCCGCACUGGUCUGCGUUUGUUGCCCAGAACCUAUCCAAAUACAUCGAUCCAUCGGCGUACCGUGUCAUAUUGGGUGCUGUCCCCGAGAUUACCAAAGCCCUUGAGUUGAAAUGGGAUCACAUCUUCUAUACCGGAAACGGGCGUGUGGCUCGAAUUAUCGCUGCCGCUGCUGCCAAACACCUAACACCGCUGACACUCGAAUUGGGAGGGAAGUCGCCUGUUAUUGUAGAUUCGACGGCGGAUAUCUCAAUCUCUGCGAAGCGUAUCCUAUGGGGAAAGAUCAAUAACUCAGGCCAGAUCUGCGUCGCGCCCGACUACGUUCUCGCAGAGAAGGCGAUCGUGCCGCAGCUCAUUGAAGCGUUUAAACAGCAUUAUCGUGCAUUCUACCCAGAUGGCGCGCUUAAUUCAAACUCCUUCAGCAGAAUCGUAUCCGAUGCUCAUUUUGAACGGCUGAAGGGCCUUCUGAAGAGAACGAACGGCAAAAUCGUCUUCGGCGGGAAGUGGGAGGAAGGGGAAGGGAAGCGUGGGUUUGAACCCACCCUUGUAGUUGAUGUUAAGGAAGGGGAUGCACUGCUUGAGGAAGAGUUAUUUGGUCCCAUCUUACCUUUAGUCGCAGUUGAAAACCUUGACGAGGCGAUUGAAUUUUUGGGUGAUCGCGAUCACCCACUUACUCUAUACCUGUUUUCCAAUGACGAAGAGGCGAAGAAGAAAGUCCUCGCCAACACCACUAGCGGAAAUUUCUGGAUCAAUGACACAUUCCAGCAAGUAGGAAUUGAUGAUUUACCCUUUGGCGGGGUCGGGGAAUCCGGAUAUGGGCGCCAAAUCAUGCGUUACAGCUUCGAAAACUUUAUUUACGAGAGAGGGGUUGUAGAUGUUCCAUUUGAGGAUGAGCCAUCUUUCGCUGCCCGUUACCCACCGUAUACCGACGAAUCUCUUGCUAUCUUCUCAAGUGCUCUGCAGGCCGAAAUCCCAGCUUCUAAGGUUCCAAAUGGUCGUUUAUAA